UUCAGACCGAGUAAACGUAGGUCGAAUCAAAUCCAAGUGAAAUAUAUUUACUUUAUAAAUGGUUUCCCGUACAUUAUGGAUAUUUAUAGUUUUGGAAAUUUUAUCGAUUAACAUCAGUGUGAAACGGUGAAAAUGAGUGUGCCUAUUGUGAAAAAGUGUUGUUUUUGUGUGAAUUUGCAUACAGCUGCUUUACUUAUUGGAAUACUCUAUUCGAUAUGGACCCUAGCAGAACUGAUAGGUUCGUGUGUGCUGGUGACCAUGCUGCCACUUGGAACAGAUGGAAAAGUGUCGACUCACAAAAGGGUGCUCUACAUUACUGCAGUGGUGGUCUGCUGUGUGCACCUACUGUUCUCAGUACUUUUAGUCGUCGCAGUUCUUAAGAAGCUGCCAGUAUUAACGUUACCUUGGACAAUAGUGACGGGUAUUAUCUCGGCUUUGGUAUUUGUCAUGGCAUUGAUGGGCAUUAGCUUGGUGCUGCAGGACUGGAAUGAUAUGUCUGUUGUUAGUGCCACCUUCGUAGUGAUACACUUAAUCAGGGCUUGUAUAUCAGCAUACUGCAUAGUAGUUGUACAUAGUUAUCAUAAAGAUAUGAUGAAUAAAGAAAUUGAAGGCAAAAUUUACAAUAAAGUAAACACGGAUGAGAAUGCUCAAGGAACUACAAAUACUCCAAAUGUGUAAAUAGACUUAUAUAGCUAAGUGAAAUUCCACCUACGCCGUGAAAAAAAGAAGAGAGUGCCUAAUACGUCAAUCUCAAUCUCCAAUCAUCAUCAGCUGUGUUAUUCCCAACAAAAAUACAAAAAGGGGUAUACCCGAAUGACAGCAUUGAAAAAAAAUGCUAUAUUUAUCAGUUGAGGCAAUAGGUUGAUGUGGAGAAAUUAAUAAAUUGUGAUAAUAUCGACUAUACCUAUGAAUAAUCAUAUUAAAUUUAACAUUUUAUUUAUAAAUAAGUAAAAAAUAUAACUUUAUCAUUAUAUUUAUAAAAAUAUAAUAAUUAAACUUUCCAUCGUGUAUAUCUAAAAUACAUGUAUCUGCGUGUAC